UUGCGGAGGUCACGUGAUGGUGGGCGGGGCGGCGGCGCAGGCGCAGGCGCAGAUCUUGGGCGGCUGGGUCAGCUGACUCGAGGGGGCAAGCGAAGCGACUUAGGCCUGUGUGUGGCGUCUCGGAGACGCUGCCGCAGCUAUGGCCAGUCAGUCGCAGGGCAUCCAGCAGCUGCUCCAGGCCGAGAAGAGGGCCGCCGAGAAGGUGUCCGAGGCCCGCAAGCGAAAGAACCGGAGGCUGAAGCAGGCCAAAGAAGAAGCCCAGGCUGAAAUUGAACAGUACCGCCUGCAGAGGGAGAAGGAGUUCAAGGCCAAGGAAGCUGCGGCUCUGGGAUCCCAUGGCAGUUGCAGCACUGAAGUGGAGAAGGACACCCAGGAGAAGAUGACCAUCCUUCAGACCUACUUCCGGCAGAACAGGGAUGAAGUCCUGGACAACCUCUUGGCCUUUGUCUGUGACAUUCGGCCAGAAAUCCAUGAGAAUUACCGCAUAAAUGGAUAGGGGAAGAGCAAAAGCGCCGUGCCAUGGAUUGGCAUUUUAGAUGCCUUCAUAGAAUAUGAGGCUUUAACAAGGCUUGGGUUAUAUUCUUGUGAAAAGGCAUUAAAUUAUUUCUGUAUAUUAUGUAAUAGGUCCCUUCACUUUUUGCAGAAUAGUAAUCAUAGCUUCUUUGUACAAACUUAGAGCCUAUCCAAAGAUUUUAUCUUUUUACCUCGUAUUUCUUAGAAACUUAAUGGGUAUAUGUUGUCUGUUUUCCUAUGCCUUUUCGCUCAAGUGGUAUAUUAUGGACACUGACUUUUUCUUUCUUAGAUAUAGUUGUUUUUUUAAUUUUAAGUCAUAGCUUUAUGUUGCAACUCUACUUGUUCAAAAGUUAGAUCAUGAAGGUUCCUUCCUAUGACCUUAGAUAUAGUUUAAAAAAAAUAAUUUUCUUAAGAAAGAAAGGGAUUAAAUAUUUUUUUUUUCCCUAAAUCUUUCUUGAAGGUCAGGGGCUUUAUCUAUGAAAAAGUAGUAAAUAGUUACUUGUAACCUAUGUGAACAGCCAGCCUUAAAAUAGUCCUUUCCGGCUAAGAGUUAGAACAAUGGGUACAGGUAUUGGGCUGCUUUUGGUUUCUCUUAUUUAAAAUUACUAGAUGAUAGAAUUCAAGAACUUAUUACAUGUCACUACUUGGUGUACUGAUACUGUACUAAUAAUCAUUUAAAAGUCAAGACUCUGUAAUGCAUAUUUUUCCCCUCUGCUUCAUCCUCUUUGAUAAUGCAAAAUGCACUUUGACCCAGAUGUUCUGCAGAAUUUCACUAAGGAAAUUAAAUUAGCACAUGUAUCACACACAUUCACAUACAUACUUAGAAAAUAUUCAUGGUACGUAUCUUAGCAGGAAGGAAAUCACUUGUGAUUUCACCCAACAACUGUUCUGAAAAAUAGCAAGCAGGGGACUUCCCUGGUUGUCCAGUGGUUAAGAAUCCACCUUCCAAUGCAGGGGACAGGGGUUCGAUCCCUGGUCAGGGAACUAAGAUCCCACAUGCUGUGGAGCAACUCAGCCCUUGCUCUGCAGCUACUGAGCCUGUGCGCCCUGGAGCCUGCUCGCCACAACGAAGACUCAUCGCAGCCAAA